CUUAGAAGAAAAUUGCAUAUAAUGAGGUAAAGAAGAAACAGAGAUCACACAUCGGAGUGGGUGAAGAUGAGCCGAAUAAUGAGCACCAACACAUGGACUUUGUGUAUGCGAAGCUUCACUACUACCCAUCGAAGGGGUUGGAAUAAUGCUACUGCUUUUCACAACAGAUCUGCAAGUGCACAUACAUUAUCAAAGGGAGACAAAGAAGAUGUGAAUCAAGUGGAGAAAGCUAUCAUGAGAGAUAGCCAAGUCUAUUCAACUACUGCUGUUAAGACUACCAAAGAUCCAGACAGUCCAGGCGCAAAUACAGGAAGUGGUUCACAGCAUAAUAAAGUAACCACACAGGAGCAUAAUAAAGUAACCACACAGGAGCAUAAUAAAGUAACCACAAAGUAAAUAGGAGCAUAAGGCAAAUAGGAGAAGUAUGGUAAAUCUAUGCUUAGAUUACGCUAGUGAAAGCUUUUUGUUUUGAUUGCAUCGGUACUGUCACUCAGCUGGAGAAUAUAAAAGUUAUAUUCAUGACUUGCUUCACUUGUAUCACAUGUUUUCCCUUACCAUCUGUGGUAAGGGAUCAAGAUAUCAAUAUGAAAAUAUGGACACAAUAUGUUUUGGAUUCUACGACAAGGGAUCAAGAUAUCAAUAUGAAAAUAUGGUCACAAUAUGUUUUGGUCA